AUGGGUGAGAUCUCGUCGUCCGAGUGUGCGAUCCAAAUUGUCGGGAACAACGAGAAUCCACCAUGGCCUGGUGUUGAAUUCAAGCCGCUGACAAGUGGGCAGCUCCUCCUGAAAACUCGUCGCAAGUCCGACCUGCGGCUGCGCGGACUGUUAGAUGGCGCUGACGAUGAUGAUCAGGACGAGCAGGACGCGGGUGAGCACCCAGGUCGCGAGUGUUUCCUAUCCAAGUUCCUGGCGGCCAUCAUGACGCUGCUGGUCUGCGGCUUCAUCUACUUUGUGGUGCUGCAGUGCUGGCUGGUCGAGAGCUAA